CACUUCUCAGUUGCAGUUACUAAACAACACGGCAAGAAAACAGAGUCUCACAACAACACAAUUAUUUAUUCAAUUCUAAUGCAACACCGUCGUUACACCUUUUCUCCCCCGUACGUAACCGUCACCGCCGCUUCAUUUCUCCAAAAUCACCAUGUCAAGCCCUAAUUCCCGAUCAUUAAACUGGCACUACACAGAGCUAGAUGACAGAGACCUUGAAAUCAGAGGCAGAACACUCUUCUUCAUAAUCGUACUCUUCUCUAUUUUCCUUCUCGUUAUCGUUCUUUUCUUCUACACUCGCUGGGUUUGCCAUUACCAUUCUCACAUAACAACCACAACUCUCUCCGCCUCAAUUCACGCGCCGCCACCUGCACAACCGCAAGGACUCGACCCUGUUUUGAUAAAGAAACUGCCGAUUAUUCUUCAUCAAGCUCCAACUGAUCCAGAAAACGGCGCGUGGGAAGACACGGAGUGCUGUAUUUGUCUUGGAGAGUUCAGAGACGGUGAGAAAGUGAAGGUUUUACCUGGGUGUCAACAUUAUUUUCAUUGUGAUUGUGUUGAUAAGUGGUUAACUUGUCAAUCUAGUUGUCCACUUUGUAGAGGUUCUUUGAAAAUUGAAUCUUCUUUUCCUCAGAUUUUGAUUCAGGAACCACCCAUUAGAAUUGAUAUUCAAUUCUAGCUCUUUUUCUCAUCUUAAUCUCAUUUUAUAAAUAUCAAUAAAAAAAAUUAUGGGUUUUCUUAA